AAAACCAGGCCCCAUUCAUCACACCAUCCAGAGCAGAGCAGAGCAGAGAAGAGCAGAGCGAGCGGCGUUUUGAUCAAGCGAGUGAGGUUUGUAGCAAGAGUGUCGUGGGAGGAUUUCCAGCUGCCAUGGCGGACAUCGCGCUGCUGGUGGUCGAGGAGUUCGAGAAGAGGGUGAAGCGAGGAGCCCACGGCGAAGGCAGCGGCGAGGCGGCCGGGAGCGGCAGCAGCAGGAGGAACUUCGGGGCGGUGGCCAAGGUGUGGGGCUCGUGGGUGGAGUCCGCCUCCGCCUCGGCGUCCGGUGUGAGGGUCAACGUCGCCGUGCAGCUCAGGGAGCUGGAGCCCAAGACCGGCCUCGGCUGGGCAGCAUUCGACGGCCUCUUCUCCGCUUAAUCGUCUUCUUUGAUUUGGAGGAAGUGUUCAUGUAUAGCUCUUCCCCUUAGCAAGCGUAAUCCAGUGUAACGUGUACAGACAUAGUCGUCGCUGUGCCUUAACUUGGAGCCAAGUAUAAUUGCUCCAGCCUCCAUGGGUUCUGCUUAA